AUGAAUUACUCAAUUCUGAAGAAAAACCUUGUUAUUAAAUUUAACAACUCUGUACAUAAAUGUCAAAAUAGGGGAGUCAAACGAGAAAAAGGUUUUCCUGUGAAAAAAAGAACUAUAGGUUUGUGUUCUACUGGUGCAGAAGAAAAUGGAUCGAAUAAUCGAGGGGAUGAAAAAGGUAACGGUAUGGAUGAACCAACUAGCGUUGCAAAAAAAAAAAAAGAAUUUGACAUUUUUCUUGAAAUCGAGGACAUUCUAAAGGAAAAUAUCACAGCAAAGGUGAACAACACUGUGGGGAAUAGGAAUAAAAAUGUGCAAGAUCAGAAAAGUUUAGAAACAAUUGGACAUUCACGCAAGUGUAUCGAUGGCAUUGUAGCAGCAGGAGAAGAAGACGGGACCAAAGGAGGGGAAUCUAACGGAUUGACAUUGUCUACACAAUGUGCAAAAAACGAAAAAAAAUAUUCCAUAAAUGAACAAGAGGACUUGUUUAGAAAAAAAAUGGAUAUCGUGGAGGCCAGUCUUAGCAUAGUAAACAAAUGGUCUAACCACAUCGAGCUGAUUGAAUUUGUCAAAAACAACAUGAAGAACAAUGAGUUCAUUUAUGUGAAAAGACUUCCCUGGGGUGGAUAUGAGAAAGUGCAGGGCAGGAGCAAAAGGGAAGAAAGCAUCAUGUCAAUAUCUCUAAACGGAGUGUUGAUAAAUGAGAAGAAUGAAACGACAUUCUAUGAACUGAACGAAUGGAAGAAGCACAUAACCCUGUUGAACAGUGCACUGAGUUUAAAAUUUGUAAAGAAAUUUUCCUUAUACAAAUAUUUUUUUCUUCUAAAGAAUAUGAUUAAAUCCUCGAAAUUCAAGAGAAAAAAAAUAUACAUAAAAGAAAAUUUACUGUUCCUAAAUGAUGAUUUCUUGAAAGGAUUAAUAGAAAUACAGAAAAUUUUGAAUGAAUUGAAAGAUUACCAUUUGAUAGAUAUAAACAUUAAUAACAUGAGUCUAGAUCAGUUUAAGGAAUUUCAAGAUGAAUAUUUCCCAAAGUUCGACAGUCUUCUGAAGAGCAAAUUAAACCAGAUAGCCAACGUCAUUUGUGAAUAUAGUUUGAAGGCACUUAACGGGUUCUUGGAGAAAAAUGGAAUAUUACAAAACCAGCAAGGGAAAUCAUGUGAGAGUUCCUCCAAGGGAAGAAGUUUGUUCUCUGUAAAUAAUACAAAAGUAACAUUUAGGAAUGGAGCAGUAAAUAGACCAUACACAAGAAAUCUGAAUCGUAAGGGUAAUGCCUCUGCGGAAAAUGCAAAAAAUGGAAAUAAAAAAAAAACAGAGGUAGUGGCAGAUGCAGAAGCAGAAGCAGUGGCAGAAGCAGGCGUAGGAACAGGAGUGAGAAGAAUGGAAAUAGACAUUUACUACAACAAAAUAGCUAUAAGUAGCUGCUACAGCGUUUAUAUUAAACGAUUUAUACAGUUAUGCCAGUACUUGUGCGAUAACACUUUGAGGAACAUAAUUCUACAAACCUAUGAACACUUUCUGAAUCUUCUAAACAAUUAUUUUGAAGAAGAUAAAAAAGAAGAAGACCAUUCGUCACGCAGAGGUAGAAAUGAGAAAGGUACUAUAAUCAAUGUCGACAUGAACAGCUCCUUUAGCCAUAUGAAAGCAAAUGAAAAAAUGGAUGUUAAUCGGAUGAAGGAUAUACAUGGGGAAGAGUAUUCUGUAUGCAGUAAAAACAAGAAACCUGAUGGAAGUUCCAAAUCGAACGAAUGUUCAUUUGUAAGUGGGAAAAGUAGAUGUAGCCCAUGGAAUAAGGAAGAAAAGGUUAGUUCUCCAUAUAGACUAAUAGAAAUGGAAGAAAAAGAAAUCAGUGGAAAAACAGAUAAGACAAAUGUAGUAAGCAGUAUGAAUAAGAGCAUUUACAAUAAAAAAAAAAGUUCAGGAAAUAAAGUGAAAAAUGAAAUAUGCCUUUUUAGUGUAGUCUUGCAUAUGGAAGAAAAUCAGCUUAAGACAACUCCAGAAUAUGACUCACUAAUAAAUACCAUGUUACAUUAUUUUUAUAUGAGUAUAGAGAAUAUAUGUAAGAGAGAAGAAUUUUUCAACUAUUACAAAAUUAGGGAAUUUUUCGCCAAUGAAAUUUUUGUGGAUACUGUUAUUUUCCGUGGAGGAGGUAGAAGUCUCCAAAGGUUGGAAGCGGAGAGACAGGAAAAUAUGGUAAUAAUUGAUGCACAUAAAAAUAUACUUGACAAGUACCUCGAUGAGGGGUACACGCUUAGUCAUUUUUCAAAUUCAAUUAAAAGUGAUGAAACUAUAAAUGAGAUGAAUAAAGAAUUAAAGGAAAAAUUGAAGAUUAUGUAUGAUGGGAUGGUUGGAUCGUGCAAAGAUUUUAGACAUAUAAUCAGUAUGUACAAGAAGAAUGAUGAAAUAGAUAUUGAAAAAAUAGACAUCAUGGAUACGCAGUUCAUUUCUCAGUUAUUUACAACUUUUAAGGAACUAGAAAAUAAGGUUAAACAAAUGGUUAAGAAUCAACAAAUUCAUCUUUUCAAAAUUGACAAUUCGGCUCUAAUAGAAUAUCUAUUAAAUCAUAUUAAAAAAAAAUGGAACAACCUGAUCAGCUACUUACCAUCGUUAAGUAACCAAAGGAUACAAGAUCUAUCGGUCACUUUGGACAAAUCUUUUAGUUUGAUAAAUAAGAAUCCGUUGACAAUUGAAGAAUUAGUUGAAUACAUAAAUUUCAUUAACAAAUUUUCGAACGAAUUGAUAAGCAUAGAAGAAAAUGUAGAAUCUAUAUCUUCUCUGUUUUCACUGUUUAAAAAGUAUUACAUAAGUAUAAGUGGAAAUUAUACAACUAAAAUAUUUCACAUUAAUCAAAAAAUCAAUAUUAUUAAGAGUAUUUUGCAUAAGGAAAAAAAUUAUGAUAUAGAAUUUAGCCAUCUUUUCAAAGAUCUCACUUUCGAAAUUGGAAAAAUUGAAAAUAAUAUUCAAAACCUUUUGGACAUCAUCAAAGGAAAUAUUAUUCACAUUAACUGCAAUUGCAGUUUAGAAGAAAUGGAGACUCUACUUCUAUCUGUGAACCCGAUAGAGGAUAUAAAAAACGAGUAUUAUUUGGGACAUAAUAAAGAGAAAAAAUGUCACCUCCCCAAAGAGGAUGAAUUUCAAAUUAACCAGAAGAACGAAAUUGUGAUUCUGCAUGAAAAAACAAAGAUGCGAUGCUACAUUUUCGAUCUCCUCGAAUUUUUGAGGUGCAAAAUUGUGGAGAUAAAGAAACAAGUGGAUAAAUACAUGUUCUAUCAGAAAACAUUGAAAAAAAAAAAAAACGAAUUUGUUAAUUUUAGUCUACUUAAGAAUAUGUUCAUAAACAAUAGCUUAGCUAUUUACACCUUCUUCAAGUACUUGUGUUUCAAUGAAAAGUAUAGAACACACAAAAUUUUCAAAUUAGAUGUAGAUAAAUUAUCCUCAGAAAUAGGAGAAAUAAAUGUUUACUUCAAAAGAAUUAACAAAAAUUUCGUCCAUGGAGAAUUUUAUGAACGCUGUAAGAAAUUUUACGAGACAUACAAAAACACAUUGCGUAUGUUGAAACUUCUCAGCAUUAUCUACUCUAACCGUAAGUAUUUUGAUAGAGCAAUAAAUGUUUUAAAUGAAACUAAGGAGGUUUCUACAUCUGAAGAUAUUAGCAAUAUGUGCAUGUCAAGGAUUAGCAACUCGAUCUAUAAUAGUAAUGAACAAAACAUGAGUGGUGUUUGCAUGUCAUACAUUUCUGUAACGAAUAAUCACGAGAAAAUUGAACUUCGAGAAUUACUGUUUUUGCACUUGGCAAAUAGCCUUCCAAACAUUGAAAAAAUAUGCUUUGAAUAUGAAAAGGAAAAGAAAAUAAAUGGAUAUUUAGAAAUAAUAAAAAUUAACUUGAAGAAGAACAAGAUUGACGUGAGUCUAGAAAAUAAAAAAAUGUACUUUAUCAAUAAUUUGAACAUACUUCUCAACAACUUGAGAGAAAUUCAAGCAAAACUAUGCACUCUGCAAAAUGAUUCCUUUAGCGUACAUAUAUUUACAGAAUUGUACCAUUUGUCGACACAAAUAAGAAAUUUUAUAAAUAUUUUAAAUGUGAUAAAGGAAAUACAACCAUGUUAUAUGCAACUAGCUAAAUAUAAAAAUAGUGAAUUGAAAAAAAUUUUUAAAACAGAUUAUUUGGCAUCCAUUAUAAGCAAAUACAAAAAUAUGUGCGAAGACUUUUUCAUUUAUCCACAAAUAAUGAAACAUAUUGAAAAGAAAUACAAAUUAGAUGAAUUCUUAAAAAUCAAAAAUGAACUAAGAUCUAUUCAGGAACAGGUCGAAAAAUACACUCUACAACGCAGAAGUGAAUUUUAUGCCUUUUAUCUUCUCGAAGAUGAAGAUUUCUUAGAUGUAUAUUUAAAUUUGAAUGAGUUAAAAAGUCUGAAUAAAUAUGUACAUAAAUUAUUUCCUUAUGGCAGAAAAUUCAUCUUUCAAAAUGAUUCCAUAUGUGGCAUCAUAACCACAGACAAUGAACGUGUCCUAUUCAGAGUAGAAAUAAAAUACAAAAAGACAGAAUUUUUACUUAACGAGAUUAGUAAUGAAAUAAAAAAUGCCAUAAUGAGGAAUAUACUCUUGUAUUCUACGCGUAACGACUUUUUACUCCCUCUUAAGGAAGAUACGUACCUGUUUUUUUGGCCCAUACAAAAUUUACAGAUUCUGUUUAUCCUUCUCAAUGUGUAUUUUACUUAUAUUUUCCAACUCCUUAUGCAGGAUUUAACCAAAAUGAAGUACACACUUUACUUGCUUUCUCAAAAUUUGCAACGAAUGGCAGAAAUUAUCUCAAGGGAAAGUGCCCAGAGUGGGAACAGUUUCCAUGGGGUAAAGUCGGUCGAAGUGGUACGUGAGGCAGAUGUGGUAGAUGUAGUGGGUUCUAUAGGAGCAGCGGGGACAGCUGAAACAGUGGAAGCAGUUCCGAAUAGAAAAUCUCGGAUGUUCAUCCUUACCUUCUUUGCACACAUGCGAGAAAAUUUGAAGACACUUGUGGAUGAGCAAAGCAGGAGUAGUAGUGCUUCUACUGGAAACUGCAACUAUGGGUACCUAGAAAAAUCGAAGCAUUACAUCGACAAAGAGGGAUAUAGGAUUAUAUUUUUUCACUACAACAUAAAGUACACGUAUGAGUUGCUGGGAAAUCAGAACUACACGAUGGAUAUUAUAUACCAUGAAAAAAGCUACGGUUUUUUUUUUUACAAAUAUAUUCAAAACGGGUUCAUUGCAUUACCAUCUAGUAAUGCAUAUGCAGUAAAUCACUCGAAGAACUUUUCUACACUCUUAGGUUUUCAUUACAUUUUAAUUAACGAUAAAUGUAUUAAAGCAUCAAAGCUUUUGAACUAUAUAUCAUGUAGUUUGUGCUCCAACAUUUCUGUGUUUUUUCACGAAGUAGAUGUAUAUAGACAAGAUGUUUUUGCUGUCCUGAAUGAACAGCUAGCUAAUAUUAGAAACCACUUGGUUAAUAAAAUGAAGUCAAUCAAAUUAAAUGGAAAUGAUUUUAAUCUGAAUAAGAAGAAUAUCAUAUAUAUAUCACUAACGAAUCUAGCACUUCCAUUUUAUGAGUAUUACACAGAAAGAUCAUACAAGAACGGAGCAACAGUACCCAAAUUUCAUUUUUCUGUUUCUAUGCAUCAUCCAACAAAGUCCUUUGUAUUGUCUAUCCUUUUCCUUGUGUUCCUUAGUCAUGGAUAUAAAAGAGCAAAAUUUCUGUCUUCUGCAACUUAUGCAGCUUUUCAAUACUUGAAACAGCACGAAAUUUUGAAGAAUAAUCUAAGUGAGGAUUCACUAAUAAAGAACAUUAAAAAUGGGAUAGGAAAACAGAACCCAUGUGAAGAGUAUAUCAUUGUGAAAGGAAUCAUAAAGUAUGUGUAUAACUUUGUUAAUAAUUCAAAGUGUAUGGAACUGGUGAAAGACAUGUGUUUAUUAUUUAAUAUACCGAAUAUGUGUCGUGAAAAGUUGCUAAAGUGGGUUGAAAAAAGGAAUGAAGAAGAACAAGAAGAAAUAUAUGAAUUAGAAGAGACAUCUCAACAUAGAAAGGAAUCGAAUUUUGAAAAUCAAAUAAACAAUGUAAUAUUCCAUUUGAUGAAAGAAAAGAAAAUGAAUUUUAUGAAAUACCAAAUCGAAAAAGCUUUGCAGAUGUAUAAAAUUUUAAAUGAUAAUUUGUAUAGCUCAAGUGGAGAAAUAAUAUCCGAGAAGGGGAAAGUUACAAAUAUAAUACUAGUUGGAGAAGAAUUUUCAGGAUUAAACACCAUCGUCCAUAUCUUACAUUAUUUCAUUAAUCAUUUGAAGAGCAAUAAAUUUUCCUUUUACCAGUUGUGUACCAUGGAAAGUAUCAACUUGAAAUAUUGCAACGACGAAGACCUACUUACUUUUGUUUCGAGGCAGAGUGGGACCCCAACAUCUGAGAAAAUAGGAACGAGAGUGGAAGCAAGGAAAGCAGGGAAAGAUGAAAAGGGAAUAAUAAGAAAUGAAGAAGAGGAAGACGAAAAGGAAGAAAUAAGCAGUAACACGAUGGUUGGUGAUAAAAGCCAAUCAAGCAAUACAAGAGUGACAAACCCUAAGAAAGGAAAGUCUAAUGAAAAAAAUCAUCAUGAAUUUGAAAAAGCUGAUGAAGAAAUUGAAAAAUCGGAGAAAAAACGUGGGAAAAAAGGAGGGGGAAAGAGUACCCUAUUAAGCACUAAUAAAGUAGGGGAAAAUGGAGAAAAGAGCAUAAAUGAAAGUAUUGAGUAUAAGAAAGGAUCAGGAAGGUAUCAAAGGAAAAACGUUCACAUUAGUCUGAUUAGCGUACACAAUACUGCUUUUGUAGAAAGUAUUAUAAGUUACACACUGAAGAAGAAUCUACAGAGUGAAAUCUACAAAUGGAAUAAUGACAGUGAUCACCAGUGCUUCAUAUUUAAGGUGAAAAACUUAACCCAAAUGAGUCCCUAUAUCAUUGGAAGUUACCAUUACAUAAAUGUGAAAAACAGAAUCCCGUACAUGUUGUAUAUCACACACGCCGUGGAAAAAAUAAAAAUAUAUAAAUUCGCGAAAACGAAAAUCAUCAAAGUUUUUGAAGAUUUACUUAUCGAGUCUCUCACAUUUUUUAAGAAACUUAGGAUACGAGAGUACAGAACCCGUAAACGUUUGCUUCUAUCAUGGAAAAAUGGGUUCAAAGGAUCAGAUGAACGAAAUACCCAAUGUGUACAAGAGAAGAAUAGCGAUGGGUCUAGAACCAAAACUUUGACAGAGGAUAGUAGGAAAACAGAACCAAAUGUCAUAUUGAGAAAAAGCAUAAAUGAGUCUUCUAUUGCUUCAGCAGUUCAUGUAGGAGCGGCAGAUGUGUCUAUUGUAGAUUCUACAGAUGGAGAUGCUCUGUAUGACUUGGGAAAAAAAAAAGGAUUCAUGAGUAGUGAGAAAGGAGGAAACGCCACCUUGAGUGAUAGAGGUAGUGCAAGAGGUAUUAACAUCAUAAGUGGCAACACGGGAGGUGAAGAAGGUGAAGAUGGAGAAGAUGGAGAAGAUGGAGAAGAUGGAGAAGAAGUAGAAGAAGGUGAAGAAGGUGAAGAAGUUGAAGAAGUAGAAGAUGGAGAAGGGAGUGAAUAUGGUGAAGAGGGAGAGGGGAGUGGAUCAGAUGCAAUUACAUUUCAGCGCGGAAGAGAAGGAGAAGUGAGCAUUCAUAUAAAUACAAUUAUCCGAAAUUUUAUACAAUUUCUUGAAUAUUACAUAACUUCAUUGAAAGAAAAAAAAGGAUCCGAUAAGAAAAUUAUUGAUAACCACCUGAACAAUAUCAUCACGAUUAGUUUUAUUUAUGCAUUCACUUCUUUCAUGAAUAAAGAUUUAAGAAGUGAGUUUGAAAGUUACAUAUUUAAGCAUAUUAACAAUGUAUCUAUAAUUCCAAGAAAUACAUCUUUUGUACACAUGUGCUACAAUGUUGAAACGAAUAAAAUAAUGAGGCAGGAGAAAAUGUAUACAAAGGAACAUAUCGAAAUAGAGAAAACAAAACUUAUGGACAAUUGUUUGUUCUUCAAUGAUAAAUACUUUCUUUUUGAAGAUGAAAAUAUUUUAUCUAUGAAUAAUUUUUUACAUAUUUCUUCGAAUUUAUAUAUGUCUAUUUUGCUCACGGGAGGUUCCAACUCAGCUAAAUCUCUUUGUGUGUAUAACCAUUUAAAUUCACUUGAACAGAAGAGACCAGACAUCUAUAACUUUUCUUUCAGGUUUAAUUAUUUGUUUAAUUACAAUCGAAUAAUUCAAAACUUGAGGAAAUCAUUCGACCUUUCCAUAGGAACUAUAAAGCACAAAGUCACAAUAUUUAUAGAUGAUGUUAAUUGCUUUUUUCAUGAUUCUAUUCGCAUGACGGAGUUUCUCUACACCAUGAUUGAGGGCGCUGCUUUCUUCGACAUUGAGCUUGCGAAGAAUGUAACCAUACCGAGACGUAGAAUUAUCUGCACACUUAACAGCGAGCAAGCCAUAAAAAUGGAGAAGGAUUAUUCUUAUUUGUCUAAGAUGUCUCGACACUUUUUCGUCCUGAACGUUUGCGAGAUGAGUACAAGGGACAUACAUAAUGUCUACUCUAGCAUCAUAGAAUCGUUGUUCUUAAAAUAUAACUUCUGCGAAGAUGUGAUAAACGAAUGCAAUAGCUUCAUUACGUGCAUCCUGGAAAUAUUCGAAGGCGUGAUGAUGAAGGGCAGAGGAGAAAGAAAAUUGCACCUACACACUAGCAGAAUGAACAACAUAAUAAGCCAUCUACUGCUGUACGACAAGGAAUUAAGCAACAACAUUAAUGAUAUUUUAAUAUUUUUUAAAAAAGAUUUGUAUCGAAUAUUAUGUAGCGAUGUCACUUCAUAUGAAGAGAUACAAAAGUGCGGACAUAUUAUUGAACACACGUUCAGUAGCCAUUUUAAUAAAUAUAUGACACAACAAAAUAAUGAUUUAUUUAUAAGUUUUGAUGAAAAUAUUAUGACUGUUCAGAAAAAAACACAUCUUUGUGAUGACCAAUAUGGGAAAUUAAAAAUUGGCUAUAUUAAGAAAUUUUUCGAAAAUAAAAAUAUUCACUUAUUCUAUGAAGAUGUCAUAAAAUCCAUAUUGAUUAUAAAUUCAUUUCUUCUUUUGAAGAGAAGUAAUAUCAUUUUUUUGAAUAAUCAAGAGGAAUUGGUAGCUAAGAUAGUGUCCAUUUAUUGUUUCUACAAAAGUUAUAAUGCAGUUAUUUUGGUAGAUAAUGUAGAUGAGAUGAAAUGUCAGAUGAGAAAUGCAUAUGACAUUACGAUAAAAUAUUUAGUGGAUUUAAAUCUACAUGAUUCUAAGGAAGAAAAUGUUAAAGAUUGCCAAUCUGAGAAGAGACACCUGUUUUUGACAAAAAUAUUCAACACGGAAGAAUACAUAAGCAUUAUUGAUAAUGUACUUUACAAUGGAGGUUUGGAUUGCUUGUAUGAUAAUUUCAUGAAUCACUACCAUCUAGAUAUUGUGAACAUAAUAAAGCAUAAAGAGGUUCUUAUAGAAGGAAAUUUUCAGAACUAUGUCGUGCCAUUAUUAAUAAAUAGGAACCACUUUUUAUUUUAUGCAGACAACUUUGAUAAGAUAUAUAAAAUGUAUUCUUUAAAAUUUUCCAAUAUGUUUAAGAUGUGUCACUUGGUUCAUUUAAAUUUUUACAAUUUUGAAGAAAAUAAUAUUUUUGUGUUUAAUUUAUCGCUAUCUAUUUACAAUUAUGUGGUGAGUAGACCUACAUACUGUUUUGCAAGCCAAUCGCAGUGCGGAUGGGUUCCUACAUCUAACUCAGAUGAUUCUAUACCUCACGAAUUUCGCUUUUUAUCUGAUAUUAGUGGAAAUUUAAAUGGGUUGUUAUCUAAUAGGUUCCUCUACCAACCAUGGGAUCAUCAGUACUCAUUGCAUCUUCCACAAAUGAAAAAAAUGAUAUGUCAAGAAUUUGAUUCCUCCGUUUUUGUGAGAAGGACACAUUAUAUGUACGAUAUACUGAAGAAAGAAGAACUGAACCCAUUAAUAGAGAAAAAGGAGAGAUGUAAAAAAAUGAUGGAGGAGCUAAUUGGCUAUAAUGAGGAAUUACAUAGAGAAGUAGAAGUGAUAAAGAACAAAAUAAGGGAAAAACAAAAAGAACUGAAUUCAGUAAAUAAGUACAUCGAAACUGCAUUGAAAGAGUAUAAAAUGAAUAUGCAGAAAAUGAAAAAUAAUUUAAAAAGAAUUACAAAAGAAGACUUUAACUUAUUCAAGUAUGAAAAUGUAAACAUGUACACAGGGUUCCUCAAAAUCGUGUAUCUCUACUUCACUCAACAAUAUGAUAAGAAACAUAUUGAAAAUUCUUUUCACUAUAGCAAUUUCUUACGCAAAAUUAAAAAUGUGGACUCUGAGCUUAUUAAUAAGAAUCUCAUUCUGAAAUAUGAAAACGUGUCUAAUGUGGAUAAGUUCCUUAAUUACAAGUUUGUGCAUAUACUUAAUUCUUUUAUAGUUUCGAUUAAUGAUUAUGUGAAAAAAAGAGAUUCACUUCAAGAGCAGUAUAACAUAUCCACAGAAUUGUGUAAUCAAAUCUCGUUAUUGAGGAAUGACAUGCGGAAUGUACUAAAAGAUUCAUUACCCUUGGAAGCAUUUGCACAUCUGGUAAAUAUAGAAUACUGUACAUUAGAUGCAGUGGGAGUGGGGGAGGGCAUCUUCACAAUUUAUCAAGAAACGAAGGAAGAAAUUCAAAGACAGGAAAGGAUGCUUUUACCGCUGAAGUGCAUCUUAUCGAUCUAUUGCAGUGCAAUGGAAUUGAAAGAAAAAAAAAAGUUUAUAAAAUUAUUAAUCAAGGAGAGAGAGAAAUACAAAAACCUGUACAAUAAGGAAGAGAAUGAAGAACAGUCGCCUGGAAAUCAAUUCAAACAGACCGAUAUAACCAUACAAAGUGCACUAAAACUAGAAAAUUACUUGAACCCAUCAUUUAUGAAGAGAUAUGCACUACUUCACCUGUGUAAUGAUAACAUGCUCAUGUUCAACUGCCACAUGUUAGAUCAUAUACAAGAAAAAAUAAUUAUAUGUAUAGAUCCAUUUUAUCAAAUGAAAAAAUACAUUUUAAAAAAGUUUAAAAAAAAUCAAGAACAACAUAUUUAUGUGAAAUGGAAAGGGGUUUAUAAUAUAUCGACAUCUGAGUCAGAUUUGGAAUGUAAUCCAUCUGGAGGUGAAGAAAUGCAAAACGGGAACUUGGGUAGAAGCAAUCCCAAGGGGGAAAAAUCGCAUACAGAGACAACGAACAGAACAAAUGUGAAUCAUAAAAUGGAAGAAAAAGAAGUAGACAAAAAAGAAGAAGACAAAAAAGAAGUAGACAAAAAAGAAGAAGACAAAAAAGAAGUAGACAAAAAAGAAGUAGACAAAAAAGAAGAAGACAAAAAAGAAGUAGACAAAAAAGAAGAAGACAAAAAAGAAGAAGACAAAAAAGAAGAAGACAAAAAAGAAGUAGACGAAAUGGCUGAGUUUGCAAACAAGAUAAGAAAAUACCGAAAUCGAAAUUUUAAUGUAGUGUUCAAGGAUGUAGAUGAAAAUAUAUACAAACUUUUAAACGAAGUUACACAUGGGUCAUCAACUAUUUACGUCUUUGUUGACCAUGCUGAAGUUCUAGACUUUGAAAAAAUUACCCAAGAAUACCAUGUUAUUCUGUGUGAUUAUAAGAAACAAAACAUUCUUAAUUUGUUUACAUACUAUUAUGAAAAAGGAAAAAUCACAAAUUCUCCUAUCGAGUUUACUUCCGUUCUACAGGAGAUGCAUCAGGAGGAGGUAAUUCGAGUGAUUAUGCGACAUACUGCCGCUACACUCAGAAAAGGAUUAGAGAGAAAAGAACCAGGGUACAAUAGUGUGAAAGAUGAGAUUCAUUCGUUAAAGGAACAAUAUGAUGAGAUGCUGAAAAAGAAUGAAAUAGAUAAGGCAGAAAGUAAAAAGAAAAGGGGAAAGAAUAUUAUCCUAAUUUACAUAUUUUAUCUUGUAUUUCAAUCGUUAAAAAUGAUUAAAAAGAAUUACAAACUAUCAAAUUGUAACUUUUUAAAAAUUAUUAAAUUGUUCAUUCAUGAAUUUAAGGAAGAAAAGAAAAAAACAGAAAUUACUUUGCUGAACUUUUUCUAUAUGCACAUUUUGUGCUUCACAAGUAGUAAACAUAUCUUACUCCUAAACUUUCUGCUAAGUAUUUAUUUAGAUAUACAUUAUUACGAACAAAUUAAAUGGAAGGAUGUUUUUUUAUUUUUUAGAGAUUAUAAGAGAAAAAAUAAGAAACAAGUUACUCGAGCCAUCUCACAGAAAGGUAAAAAAAAAAUCCAGAGAAAUCCAAAAGAUUCCCUAGAAAACGAAAAAAAGUCUCUUCCACAGAGUAACAAAUGUAUGAGAAAUAACGAUUUUGCAUUUAACAGCAUCUCAGACAGAAAUUUGCCCAAUUUUCAACACAAAAAAUGUUCUUCUGAGAGGAAAAUAACUCAGGAAGAAGAAAAUGGAUACACAAAUGGAGAUAGUAAUUGGUUGAGUGAUGUAUGGGAUAGUUCAUCUGUCUACUCGAGCAGCAUUUGUGAAGAAGAAUUUAUGUUGAUGGAAAAUGAAAUAUAUUUAGGAGAAGAUCAAAAUGGUAACCAUGAUAAUUCCUUUUUUCAUAUCAGAAAUGAUAAAUCUUUCGAAAAAGGUAAAAACAAAUAUGAUGAUAAAAUAAUGGCAUAUGGAGUGAAAGAGUACAGGGAAAAAGAAUUGGCGAGGGGUUUAAACAAGAACUCAGUGAAAUUGCUUUAUGUGCAUAAAAAGAAAUUAAGAGAUCUAUUUGGUGAUGUAAUGAGCGAUUUGUUUAGUACGGAUGUAUUAGAUAAGACAAGAAAUGUUAAAAACAAAGUCAUUUCCAAAGGAGUAACCAGUAUAUACCACUAUACAACUAGUAGCGAAGAAGAUGAUGAACUAGCGAAUACUAUGCAAAUACAAAGAGGUGGUUAUGAAGAAGAUUCUAUAGAUAAUUACCUACACGAGUUAAUAAAACUGAAGAGAAGAAAUAGACAAACUUUCAAAAAGGUAAUUGAACAUAUCAAAAAAAAUAAAAAGGAAUGGGACGAUUACUUAAAAUUUCCUCUUUCACAAUUGUGCACAGUUACUAGUGAAGAAGAAAGUAAAAAAAAUGAAAUGUUCCCGUUAAAAGAAUUUAACAAACCUUCUAUGUAUUUUUAUAAAAUUAUAAUUGAUAAAAUUAUAAAAAAAAAAGAAUUUAUCAUAACUGUUCAGAAUUAUAUAAAUAUAAAAUUGAAUGAAAAAAUUUAUAUUCGCAAGGAAUUAUUGUAUAAAAAUUUUUAUCAUUUUCUGAGAUCUCACAUGAGUAAUACUACUUGUCUUUAUGCCAUGUCAGAAACACUAAGAAGUGGGGGUGGACAAAGUGGACUUACUCAAGAGAAAUCCACAACUUCAGAAAAAAAUAUCUUUCGGGGAAAUAAUUCUGUUAGUCAAACUGAGAGCGGCGACCAUGAUAAGACAGAUGACCCUUCCGCUAGUCGUGACUCGGGUGGUGCUUCGAGUGAUCAAUCGCAGCAUUCUCUAAAGGAUCUCUUCGUGCAGUGUGUCCAAAGUGGUGAGUACUUCAACUAUCUCAUCAGAGAAAGGAAUAAGCUAGUCAUACUUGUAGAAAAGAAUAAACACAGCUUUGCAAUUUCCAGAAUUCUACUUAACUGUAAUAGUGUUUUAUAUAUAGACAUUAAUAACAGCCCUAAUUCUAUGCGGUCGAAACAGAAUGAUACUGUGAUGUUAGAUGUUGGGAACAAGCAAGAAGUGCAUAAAGCUGUAGAAUUUGUAAAUAUAAAUCAAUACAAAAUUUAUUUCAUAUUUUACUUCUGUAUGGAUAUCUUAUCUCCAUAUCUCAUGAGAAACGCUCUAGUCCUCAAUUUCGAUUUUUCACUCAAUUCAAGUGAAUAUUUGAAUUUUUUAUAUUUUUGUGCUAGCUCUUUAAACGUUCCUAAUAUAACCGAACAGGAUUUACCUAUGAGUGUCGACUAUGCGGGGGAUCAGAUUCCAAGAUGCAUUUUUUUUACCAUUUUGUUUUUCUCUCUUUUGAAUGAGUUGAACUGUUCCGAAAAUAUGCAUCUAGAUGUGGACUUGCUCAACGAGAUGGUGUGUUCCGUCGAGUCAUUCUGCAAGGUAGCCAAUUCGAGAAACGAGCGAAUCGAGCGAAGCGCAGAUGUAAACGAAAAUGCAGAUGUAAACGCAAAUGUAGAUGUAAACGCAAAUGCAGUGGCAGACACGCAUGCAAUGGUAGACGUUGACCGAGCAAAGCAGCGUAAGAUGCAGCAGAAAAAUGCUGAAAAGUGCAGAGAUUUUCUGUAUAAACAUCUAAACACAUUCGUGGAUAUAUUAUUGCCUCCAAAUUUUAUACUAAUUAAGAACAUGCUGAGCUCAUUUAUAUGGAACUUAUUUUCAAACAAAAUGUACAGAAAUGCAUCAUCAACCAUAAACAAUGUUUUGAAAAUACCAAAAACAAUUUCGACAGUCCAACAAUUGACUCAGUACAUGUGUGAGAAUUUUCAUUUAGUACACCAAAUUUUAAGGAAAAACAAAAAUGUUCAUAUGAACGAAAGUGAAUAUCUUAUUACAAUAAUGAGAAGAAUAUUUAUUUCAGAAUGUGACUUGGUUAACAAGUACCAAAAAAAUAGCACAAUGCACACGGUUCUUCUGCAUCUUGAAGACAUUUCUUCCUUUGGAUUUAUGAGCCAGGCUGUCAACACAACGUCUAAAUUGAAGUACCUGACUGAGGAAUACAAUUCCCUACUUCUCUGUGUCAGCACAAUGAAAAUGGAAAUUCAAAAUAUUAUCAAAAUGAGAUAUCUCAACAAAUUAUCAGAUGAUCACCUGGGAGAAAUACAACGGGAUUUGUUCAUGUACAGGGUGCCACAGAAAUGGGUACCCUUGUCUAAGGGAGAAAAGGACUUGAGAGAAUUUUUUGCAAACAUAAAAGAAAAAUUAAGUUAUUUAAAAAAUCUCAUAAAUAAAGAUCAGCGUGGAGGACGACACGUGUACAAUAUCUCCAUGUUUAGAAACCCGUUACUGUUUUUUUAUUCUCUGUACUUUACAUAUGCGAAUAGCAUGAAUGUGCCCGUAAGCAAUCUCAGCGUUUCCCUCAAAUUUUGUGACGAGGUUGGAAGGGACGAGGAGGGAAUUUGGCUGGAGCCAAUAAAAAUCUACAAAGGCAAAUUCGUAACCCGUUCCCAUAACUUUGAGCACAAAAACAUUCACAAGAAAAACAACAUCUACCUGAAUAUUUGUGAUGAAGAAAAUAAUCGAAACGAAUCAUGCAUGCAGGAAGAUGGUGAAAUAAAUCCGAACGAUAGUUCAGCAGAAGGAUCAGUGGAAGAGGGUUCAAGAAAAGGAAAGGGAAGAGGAAACCAUAAUGGCGAAGCAAUCACGCAUAAGAGUGAAAGAAAUAAAUUUCACAACAGGAAUACUUAUGGGGAAUACAUCCAAGAGAGAGAAAAAAGGUUUUACUAUGACUCUCCGUACAUACUUAUAAAAAUAAAAAAGAACAAACACAGUUGUAGUGGAGAAAGUGAAAAAAAAAGUACACCAAUCAGAGAAUUUGGACAGAAUGGAGAAAAGGGAGGAGGGGAAUAUAACAAAAAUUUCAAAGAUACAAGAAAUGGUACAAGUUCAGAAAAAUGUAAAAAAUCGAUGGAUAUUUACGACCAAAGUGAUGCUUUAGGUAUAAUUGAUUUGGGAAAAACUGAAGACAUUUUGUAUUCUUCCUUUGCCCUUUUCAAAAAUAAUGAUACCUUUGAUAGUAGUGCCUUUGUGUACUACUGUCCCGUUUUGGCGUUCAAUCCUUGCACACAAAAAGAUGAUAAAGUAUUGUUUUUCCUACCGCUACCUUGUAUAUACGACAAAAUAAUUUACAAAAAGUUCAAAGUCCACAUGUUACUGUAG